CGGGGAGCGCGGGGACGAGGCGCUGCGGCUGCCGCACAAAAUGGCGGAGGGCGACAACAGGAGCACCAACCUGCUGGCUGCAGAGACAGCUGGCUUGGAAGAGCAGUUGCAAGGAUGGGGCGAAGUGAUUCUGGUGACUGACAAGAUUCUUCGUUGGGAAAAGUCAUGGUUUCCGCCUGCCAUGCUGUCUGUCGUGUCUGCUGUCUUUCUGUUGAUCUACUAUUUGGACCCCUCUGUUCUUUCAGGUGUUUCCUGCUUUGUCAUGUUGCUUUGUCUGGCUGACUACCUUGUACCUGCGCUUGCUCCUAGAAUUUUUGGCUCCAGUAAAUGGACAACUGAACAACAGCAACGCUUCCAUGAAAUCUGCAGCAAUCUGGUAAAAACACGGCGCAGGAUCAUUGGUUGGUGGAAACGCCUUUUCACAUUUAAGGAAGAAAAGCCUAAAAUGUACUUCACAACAAUGCUGUCUUUGUUAGCUGUGAUCGCUUGGAUAGGACAGCAGGUUCAUAACCUCUUCCUCACUUAUCUUAUCGUGAGCUGCUGCUUGUUGUUCCCUGGAUUAAACAAACACGGAGUAAUUUCCAAAUAUGCUGGAAUGGCAAAAAGGGAGGUCAACAAACUCCUGAAGCAAAAAGAGAAGAAAAAUGAAUGAAAUACUGCUUGCUAUGUCACCCAAAUAUGUAAUUGUGUUCUGGGAACAAUUCAAAUGACUUGCUGCGUAUUUAAUAGUAUAGAAGUGCUUAUACCAGCCAUUGCCUUUUAACUUUAAAUGUGGGACCCUUUUCUGCUGUACAAAUACCAACCAUAUGGUCCCGCAACCACACAUUAAUACAGUGUGUUAACACAGACAGUCAUUCUUCUAGUAAGUGUGAUUAGCAGUCUCAUAGUGUGAUAAGGCUGUUGAUCAGUAAUUAUUGGUGAUGGUAAGCUGAUUAUAAUUGUGUGGAGCUAUCCUGUGUUAAUAUUUUUGGUGUAAAAGAUAUCAGCUAAACUUCUGUAUUCCUUCUAAGUGUUUUAAGGACACACACUGGACUGACUAGAUUGAUUUGGUGAUAUCCUCCAGAUUAAAUGAGUACAAUUCAUAUUAAAUUGUGGAUUACAGUGAUUUGAAUGAGCAAGGCUGCUGGAAUUGUGCAUCCAAGUUAUCCCUAGGUCUAUAGUAAAAUGUAUUGCACUGGAACUAUACAGGAAACAGAUUUAGGAAGUGAAAUCAGCUUUUUGUUUAAUUUAAAUUGCUGUAAUUUUGAUGUCAUGUGUUCUGAUAUUUUUAACAAAGAUGGUCUAAAAAUACAAAAAUGUGUUGAAAAUACUUGAUGCGUCCAUCUUGUUAGCAUGUUUAUCUUUGAGUUUCCUUAUUGCUGUUUUGCUUAUAUUUUAAAUUAAAGUAGCUGUAUCCUAUUUGUCUCCAGUAUGGUUUCAAGGACAAAUUUCCAUCAAUUUCAGAUGAAUGAGCAGUGUUAUUCUCAGUUGGAAACCAAUCUUGAGGAACCUUAAUGUUUUGGUUUUUUUUUAAUUACCUUAUAGGCAUUCUUUCCAGCAAAAUAAGGGUUGUUAGGAAACCUAGUGCUUUGACAACCUAGAUCUGUCUCUUUCUAAUUAAUAAGCCACCAGUAUAAAUCUUUAUGGUUUUCUAUUAAAGGGCAUAUUUUUAAAAAAAACUAUUUUUGAUUUGGUUUGCUUACACUGUCCUCUAAGGGCAUAAUUGGUUUGGCUGGAUAAGUUGUACUUUGGUUUUCCUUUAUGUGCCUAGAAUUAAUAUCAAUAUGUCAUAGUAACUGGGUGAUGAUCAAAACAUGGCCCAAUCGGUAAAAAGUAUUAUUCCUCGCUGUGCUUAAGAACAUCUAAAUUAUUUUGAUCUCUUUUCUGUGGCAAAAUUUGCUUUUGCAAGUGACACCAAUGUGUUUGGCUUGGAAGUGUGGGAUGAAAGAGGCACAGUGCAAUUAACAUAUCAAAUUCCAUUUAUUGGCUAUAUUGGCAAUGCAGAUAUUUGAUUGGGAGAUGAAUUCAUUCAGUCAUAUAACUUAAAAUUAUUCGGAUCUCUUUAGUGCCACACAGAGCUUCAGAUAACUAACUUGAAUAUGAUAACAAACUCAUGGUAUUACAUGGUGUUAGGUUUUGUUUAUUUUUGGAUAAAUUGAACUUGGUCAAGAUACUGCUUCUCCAAACCAAUUGAAACCUUCUGUUUGAAUAUGCCAAGUUAGCUCACAUUGUAGGAAUGACUUUCACCGUUAUAAUUUCAUCUUUACUUUUAUAUGUUGAUUAGAUUUUUAGAUCUUGCACGAGAUUCCUACAGUAGGAAAGGCUGUAUCUUUGUCAAGUGAAUUGAGACUAGAAGCCUGUCAGAGUGAUUUAUUUCUCUAGAAUUUGUGCCCUUUCAUUAUAGUAAGAACAUGCAGUAGAAGCAGCACAAGCAAAAGAUAAAAAGUGGUUUUGAUAAACUGAUUUGAAUAAGUCAUUUUUAGUUUUUUUUUACAGCACAUACUCUUUAUAUUUACUGUCACUCCCUUUCUCUUUUUUAAUAAUUUUUUUCUAGAUGAGAACCAACAUUUAGCUUGGAUUGUAAUGCGGUGUUUUAAAUGAGCGAAAUAAUAUUGUAAGAGGGAAGCAGCUUGCGAUGUGUAAAAAUAGGACCGUUACACGUGGAUUGGGAGUCAGGAUAAGUUUUGCGUACUGGCCAUUUUUUGUCCUUUCUUUUGAUUGUGUUAAAUGGUGUAAUAUAGAUGGAUGUUAAUGUACACUUAGGAAAGUGAAAGUUGAAUAAAAAUGUUAAUAGAAGAAAAA